AUGACCAAGUUCAUCGAGCAAAACGAAAGUGCCGGGCCUACAACAUGGAGGUCUUUGCCUGUCGAAAGUCAUGCGGCAGUGACACUUGUGGCACCCCGGGCGAUUGAGAACGGGACGCCGGCUAUUGACUUCCAGCCCUUCCAGGGAGAUAUAGAGGACAGAAAACGUGCGAUUCAAGAGCGGCAGCAGCGGCAGAUGGCCGAACAGCAGGCUCUCCAGGCCAUAGAGGAUCAGGAAUUUCAGAGGUUUGCAGGUGAGCUUCAGGAAGCGGAGGAAGCCGCACGUCAGAGAGAAGAGGCAGAACAAGAACAGCGGAGGGCAGAGGAGGAGCGCCGGCGGCAGGAGGAGGAGCUGGCCAGGAAGAAGAGAGAGGAGGAGGAGGAGGAGGCGAGGCGAAGGGAGGAGGAGGCUCGCAAGGAGCAGGAGGAGUUGCAAAGGAAGGAAGAGGAAGCCAGAAGAAGGCAGCAGGAGGAGGCCAGACGGAGGGAGGAGGAGGAGGCAAAGCAGAGACAAGAAGAGGAGAAGCAGAGAGCCAUGAUGGCAGAGCAGCCACAGUUCCAGAGCUUCGAGAAGUUUAGCGAACCUCAGCAGGACUACUGGCAGUUAAAGCAGAGACAAGAGGAGGAGAAGCAGAGAGCCAUGAUGGCGGAGCAGCCACAGUUCCAGAGCUUCGAGAAGUUUAGCGAACCUCAGCAGGAACCCAUGAAGCAGGCAGGGACCUGCUUGCACGAUUCGUCAGACAUGUCCACAGUGUCACGGCAGGUCGGCCCUCUCUCCAGGUUGAACUUUUAA